AUGGCGAACCCACGACAACGUUCCAAGUCGAAAUCGCAUAAGUCGAAUCAGCCCUCUCUGAACCAGAAGAGGAGGUUGCAUCAGAAAUUGAGGAGGAAGCCGGAUAUGAAUGGGCCGGGGGUAUUGCAGGAGAGCUGGGACAAGAAGAAGACUGUAUUCCAAAACUACGCCGCCCUAGGUCUCUUACCCAACAUCCCCCUCCCCCCUCGUUCAUCCUCCCGAUCCUAUAAAGCCUCCCUCCCCUUCCUCCCGCCCCAUCUUCGACCCACUACCGGCGCUGGCGCUGGCUCAGCAUUCGCAGAUGAGCCGGAGACUUCAGCGUCGGCAGCGCCACCAAAGUCAAGAGCGGGGUACGGACGGAUCGUGAGGGAUGAAGAAGGGAAUGUGAUUGAUAUCAUCAUUGAUCAGGAGCCUGAGCAUGAGGUGCAGCCGGAAGGAGAGACGGGGAUGGAGGUGGAGGAUGAAGAGGAGGGAGGGGAGAGAAGAGUUGAGGGUAAGACAGAUGUGGUGAGAUCACUCGAAGCCCUCGCCGCCACCUCCGCCCCCGUGAUCCGCCAUCCCUCCACAUCCGAACAUGUCUGGCUGGGCCAGCUCGUGCAGAAAUACGGAGACGACUCUGACGCGAUGGCGAGGGAUUUGAAGUUGAACGUGUGGCAGAAGACGGCAGGGGAGAUUAGGCGGAUGAUCAAGAAGGCUGGUGGCGCGGAGCGGUUGAGGGCUUAG